AUGACGCAGUCCCCCAUGAUAGCCGCGCCGCCCAAGGCCACCAACGAGAUCGACUGGGUCACGCCCUUGAAGUCCUACAUCCGCGACACCUACGGCGAUGACCCCGAACGAUAUGCCGAGGAGUGCGCGACGCUCAACCGCCUGAGGCAGGACAUGCGAGGUGCGGGCAAGGAGAGCAUCACCGGGAGGGACAUGCUCUACCGGUACUAUGGACAGCUGGAGCUGCUGGACCUACGCUUUCCCGUGGAUGAGCAGCACAUUAAGAUCUCCUUCACAUGGUUCGACGCAUUCACCCACAAGCCUACGACGCAGUACUCGCUCGCAUUCGAAAAGGCGUCCGUCAUCUUCAACAUCUCAGCUGUUCUUUCCGGCCACGCUGCCAUACAGAACCGAGAAGACGAUUCCGCACUUAAAGUUGCCUAUCACUCGUUUCAAGCGUCGGCCGGCAUGUUUACAUAUAUAAACGAAAACUUUCUGCAUGCUCCUUCAUUCGACCUGAGCCGAGAGACUGUCAAGACGUUGAUCCAUCUCAUGCUUGCCCAGGCGCAGGAGAUCUUUUUGGAGAAGCAGGUCAAGGACCAGAAAAAGGCCGGCUUGCUGGCUAAGUUGGCAUCGCAGGCUGGAUAUCUCUAUGGGCAGGCCGUUGAGGGUGUGCAGGAAAAUGUCACAAAGGCCAUAUUCGAGAAGGUCUGGCUAGCAAUGGUCCAGAUCAAAGCCAAUCUUCUCAACUCCAUAGCGCAGUACUAUCAGGCAAUGGCAGACGAUGAGGGUGGCCAACAUGGCGUGGCGCUAUCACGACUCCAGGUCGCCGACGCCCUGGCCAAGGAAGCUGACCGAUUAGCGAAGAGCUUCCCCAGCACUGUUCCGUCCAAUGCCAAUCUCGGUGCCGACUGCAGUACUCAUCUACAAGAAAUCACGAAGCGACAGUGCUCCGCGGUGCAGGAGCGGCUACGAGAGGCUGUCAAGGACAACGAUUACAUCUACCACCAGACAGUUCCCCCGGAAGCGAGCCUGCCCCAGAUUGCCAAGCUACCCGCCGCGAAGCCAAUUCCCGUAUCUGAGCUCUACGCAGGCCAGGACAUCCAGCGCAUCACCGGACACGAUCUAUUCUCCAAGAUUGUACCCAUGGCGGUGACUGAAUCCGCGAGCUUAUACGAUGAGGAAAAGGCGAAGCUGGUGCGGGCCGAGACGGAAAAGGUGGACACAGCAAAUGGCGAAAUGGCAGCCAGUCUGGAUUAUCUACGACUUCCGGGGGCGUUACAAGUGUUGAAGGGCGGCUUCGAUCAGGACAUUCUUCCCGAUGAAGACUUCCGGCAGUGGUGUGAAGACGUCGCCAAUCACGAAAACCCCGUGAGCAUCUUUGACUUUUUGCGGAGCGAGAAGGAGUCUAUAGUGUCUACUCUGGACAAGAGCUCCAAGCAGCUGGAUAUGGAGGAGAGCGUGUGCGAAAAGAUGCGAUCCAAGUAUGAAAAUGAUUGGAGCCAGCAGCCCAGCGCACGCCUCACGACGACGUUGCGGGGAGAUAUUCGCAAUUACCGAGAGGCUCUGGAGGAGGCUAGCAGGAGCGACGGCCAGCUGGCGGCGAAGCUACGCCAGAACGAAGCCUGGUUCGAUGAAAUGCGAGACGCCGUCGCAAAUGGGCAAGUUGACCAACUCUUCUCAAAGGCGGUUUCUCAGGCCAAGGGAAGGGGUAGCAACGCCGUCAGCCCAUCCGGAAACGAGCCGAACCUGCUCGAUGCUGACUUUGACGAAUCUGGGCCGUCGGUCGUGGAGCAGAUUGCAAGGGUCGAGGAUAUUCUCAAGAAACUCAAUCUCAUCAAGAGAGAAAGGAACCAGGUACUCAAGGAUCUUAAGGAGAAGAUCCACACCGACGACAUUUCACAAGUCCUUAUCCUUAACAAAAAGACAAUAGCAAACUAUGAGCAGCAGCUCUUCAAGCAGGAAUUGGAAAAGUUCAGGCCGCAUCAGAAUCGUUUGCUCCAGGCCAACCACAAACAGUCGGCGUUGAUGAAGGAACUCACCGCCACAUUCAACACUUUAUUGCAAGAUAAGCGCGUGAGGGCCGAGCAGAGCAAGUAUGAAUCUAUCCAGCGACAGCGGCUAUCGGCAAUUGGCAAGUAUAAGCGUGCCUAUCAGGAAUUCUUGGAUCUGGAAGCUGGCUUGCAGAGCGCAAAGAAUUGGUAUUCGGAGAUGAGGGAGACGGUGGAGAGCCUUGAGAAGAACGUGGACACUUUUGUAAACAACCGGAGGUCAGAGGGUGCACAACUACUCAACCAAAUCGAACAAGAGCGAGCAUCGAACAAGACGCAACAGGCAGAGCUGGAGCGAGAGCGGCUACGAGGCCUCAUGGAGCGCAUGUCGAUGGAACCUGGGCAGCCAGCGGCACCACCCAAGCUUCCCUCGCAGAGGCCAACACCUGCACCUCUGAUGCAGAAACAAAACUCGGCCUCUCGGUAUGGGCAGGGUAGCAGCAGCAAUAGCUAUCAGGGGCAGUUCCAGAUGCCUACAUCGCCGCCACCAAACCAGCAGAACUUUCCUGGUUACGCCAGCCCUCCUCCCCAAAGCACAUUUUCUCAGCCUGUAUAUAACCCGAGCACAUACGGCAGAAACCCUGGCCCGACAUCACCGCCUCCGACCCAGACCUCUUUUAGUAUGAAUGUCAUGAGAGGCCCUCAAUCACCGCCGCCAACACAGACAUCUUUCGGACAGCACCAGGCUUACAACACAUAUGGAGCGUUGCCUGCGCAACAUCAGCAGCCACUGCAGCAGCAACAGCCCCCUCAAGGAUAUGUGCCUCCUGGCUUCGUCCCACCACCUCCUCCCCCGGGCCCUCCUCCGCUGGGGCCUCAGCAAACUAUCCAUUUCGGACAACAGGACUAUGAUCCCAACCAGAGCGCACAGCCUCGGUCAGCUCAAGCACAGCAGACACAUGAUCCAUGGGCAGGACUGAACGCAUGGAAAUAA